AUGUGGCGGGUGGUGGUCGCGCGCUCCGACGACAACAGCACCCUGCUGUCCUCCGAGAUCACUUCCGGCGCGGUCGCGCCCGGUCACCUGUCGACGCUACCGGCGCCGUCGGGUCAUCAUUGGGGCUACCCGCCGCCGCCGCCGCCGCAUCAUCCGCCGUAUCAGCCGCCGCCGCCGCCGCCGCCGCAGCACCCGGACAUGCGUCAUCAUCACGACAUGCGUCCGCCCGCCACCCACGGCGAGCUGCGACACGCCAUCGCGGCGGUACCUGGCGACCUCAGGGGUCAGGAAUUACGGCACGAGAUGCAGAGGCAUCCGGAGGUGCAGAGGCAUCAGGAGCUGUCCAGGCACGACAUCGCCAGGCAUCAGGACAUAUCGGGCAUGAGACCGGAGAUGACGGAACUGCGCUCCAGUCAUGAGUUCUUGGAGCUGAAGAUCGACACGGAAUUGAGGAGUCAAGAUAACGGCCAGCAACAGCAACAGCAGCAAGCGCAACAACAGCAACAGCAACAGCAGCAGCAGCAGCAGCAGCAACAGUCGCAAAGUCAAGGGCACCAGCAGAGGAAUCUGAAGAGAACUAUGAGCGAUUCGGACUGCGACGAUGUAUUUUCGGAGGAGAGCGGCAAAGAGCCAUGCAACUCGCCCGGCGGAGACUCAUGUCAACACGCGUCGCGGAAACGCAGGAGGGGGAUGAUCGAGAAGAAGCGGCGCGACAGGAUCAACGCGUCCCUCGGUGAGCUCAGGAGAUUGGUCCCGGCAGCGGCGAGAGAUCCUCACAGCGGCAAGCUCGAGAAGGCCGAGAUUCUGCAGCUCACCGUCGAGCAUCUGCGCACGCUUCGCAGCAAGGGGCCAGAGGGCUACGACAGCACGAAGCUGGCCAUGGAUUACCACGCGGUAGGCUGGGGCGAGUGCGCAGCCGAGGUCGGCCGCUACCUGGUGACCAUGGAGGGUCUGGACGAGAGGGAUCCCCUUCGGCUGCGCCUGCUGUCGCACCUGCAGAGCUUCCACCGCGAGCAUCCGCCGUCGGCCGUGCCGUCGGCGGUGCCGCCGGCGUCCACGACGUUAACGUCUACCUCCACUGCCAGCAGCUACGAGCCACCGCCGAGCACCAUCUCCGCCGGAAUGCCGCCCGGUCCGGGCGCCAUGCCGCCGCUCCUCGGCGGCGGCGCCCUCGGCUGGGGCCAGUACCCCGGCCAGUAUCCCCAGCAGCAGCACGGGAAGCCCUACCGACCCUGGGGCGCGGAACUGGCGUACUGA